GUCACUUGUCUGUCUGCGUAUCAGCUGCUGGAUGGGAACAAAAAGCACAUUCUUGCCCCAGUCUAGCUCUAGCCCAAGCUCCUGGAGGAGUGCAGAGCUCUCAUGGCUCUCUGGGUGAUUCUCCUGUGUACCUUCACAGCAUCACUUCUUGGUGGGCUCUACCUCCUGGGCACGUUUCGGAGACGGAGACCGGAUGAACCACCUCUGGACAAAGGUACCAUUCCCUGGCUGGGUUAUGCCCUAGAUUUCAGAAGAGACAGCUCUGGGUUUCUCAAAGGCAUGCAGAGAAAACAUGGGGACAUUUUCACGGUGCUGAUCGGAGGUUAUUACUUCACCUUUGUGUUGGACCCCUUCUGCUUUGGGACCAUUGUGAAGGAAUCACGAUCAAAACUGGACUUCAAGGCUUUUGCCAGUAAACUGGUGCUGCAAGUUUUUGGCUACAAGAGCAGUGCAGCCACCUAUAGCAUAGUUCAUGAAUUGAGUGCAAAGCAUCUGAUGGGAGAUGGACUCACUGUCAUGAUACAAACCACCAUGGAGAACUUCCAGAAGCUGAUGUUUCUCCCUGUGAGCUCAGGAGAGGAGAAGCGAGCGUGGCAAGAGGAUAGCCUCUUCUACUACUGCUACAACAUCGUCUUCAGAGCUGGGUACCUGGCUCUGUAUGGCACUGAGCCACACCAAGGGGCAGCUGACAAGGAGAAAGCUGAUGAGCAAGAUCGCAUCCACUCCAACCAGCUGUUCCACGAGUUCCGGAAGUACGACCGCCUCUUCCCUCAGCUGGCCUAUGCUGUGUUGUCUCCCAAGGACAAAAGAGAAGCUGAACGGCUGAAGAGGCUCUUCUGGAGCGUGCUGUCUGUGGAGAAUUGCCGGCAGAAGGACAACAUCAGUGGAUGGAUAAGUGAUCAAGUCAAACUUCUCGUAGAGGAUGGUGUCCCUGAGUAUAUGCAGGAUCGUUUCAUGUUCAUGCUCCUCUGGGCGUCCCAGGGCAAUACUGGCCCCACUGCCUUCUGGCUCCUCUUGUAUCUAAUGAAACACCCAGAAGCUAUGAAGGCUGUGAAGGAUGAGAUAGAUAAAGUCUCAAGGGAGAGUGGCCAGGAAGUGAAGCCAGGGAGCCCACCAAUUAACAUCACUAGAGACAUGUUAAACCACUGUCCUCUUCUGGAUAGUGCUUUGGAGGAGACCCUGAGGUUGAUUGCAGCCCCAAUCCUGAUCAGAGCUGUCCUCCAGGACAUCAGCCUUAAGAUGAGCAGUGGGACAGAGUACACCCUCCGCAAAGGAGACAGGGUGGCUUUGUUCCCACAUCUCUCUGUGCAGAUGAACCCAGAGAUCCACCCUGAGCCUCACCAGUUUCAGUAUGACCGCUUCGUAAACCCGGACGGCACCAAGAAAGAGUUCUACAGAAACGGGAAGAGGCUGAAAUACUUCAGCAUGCCUUGGGGGGCAGGAGUAUCCGUCUGCCCCGGGCGGUUCUUUGCCACCGCUGAAGUUAAACUGUUUGUGUUCUUGAUGCUGAGUCACUAUGACCUGGAGCUGGUCAAUAGAGAGGAGGAGAUCCCAGAGAUAGACACCAGCCGCUGGGGGUUUGGGACAAUGCAGCCUGUUCGUGACGUGCAGUUCAGAUACCGGCCACGCUUCUGA